AUGACGACCAUGAGCGGAAAGCAGCAUUUCUCCAUGCACCCGGCUCUGUGUGAGCCCAAGUACCCCGGCCUGCACGCCGGCGCGGAGGGCAUGCGCAGAGUGUGUCUGCCUGCCCCGCAGCUCCAGGGCAAUAUAUUCGGAGGCUUUGAUGAGAGCCUGCUGGCACGGGCAGAGGCUCUGGCGGCUGCUGACAGCGUCGUCUCUCACGGCAAGAGUCACCCAUUCAAACCAGACGUGACUUACCAUACCAUGAGCAGUGUCCCCUGCACUUCAGCCUCCUCUUCCUCCACCACCGUACCCAUCUCCCACGUCCCCUCCACCAUCGCCUCCCACCACCACAUCGGACAGAGCCUGGAGGCUGGCGAUCUGUUGGAGCACCUCUCCUCCAGCCUGUCCGUGAACGGGAUGGGGGCUCCGGAGCCUCCCGGGAUGACCACGCCGGCCCACCACCACCACCACCACCACCAUCUUCACCAGCAGCAGCAGCAGCAGCAGCACCAGCAGCAGCAGCAGCAGCAGCACCAUCAUCACCUGCAGACCAUGGGGCAGCUGCACCAGGCGAUGGCCACCAUGGCCCACCCGCAUUCCCUCUCCGUGCACAGCAGCAUGGCGUGCGUCAGCGACGUGGAGUCGGACCCGCGGGAGCUGGAGGCGUUCGCCGAGAGGUUCAAGCAGCGGAGGAUCAAACUCGGCGUUACCCAGGCGGACGUCGGGUCGGCGCUCGCCAACCUGAAGAUCCCCGGCGUCGGGUCGCUGAGCCAGAGCACCAUCUGCAGGUUCGAGUCCCUCACGCUGUCCCACAAUAACAUGAUCGCGCUCAAACCGGUUCUGCAGGCCUGGCUCGAGGAAGCCGAGGCGGCGUACCGUGAGAAAAACAGCAAGCCAGACCUUUUCAGUGGCAGCGAGAGGAAACGAAAGCGCACGUCUAUAGCCGCGCCGGAGAAGCGGUCUUUGGAGGCCUACUUUGCCAUCCAGCCCCGGCCGUCAUCGGAAAAGAUCGCGGCAAUCGCCGAGAAACUGGACCUGAAAAAGAACGUGGUUCGAGUGUGGUUUUGCAACCAGCGGCAAAAACAGAAAAGGAUGAAAUACUCGGCGGUGCAUUGA